CAAACAAGAUGGCGGCCUCCGAGGGAGGUCCCCAGGGACCGAGAGCGCCUUCUCUCCAGAGAGCCUUCAACAGUUUACGAACUGGAUCCCCGUCGGUGAUGCUGCACUCAGAAAAAGAGCGCUAUCCUUGUUGGUCUUCUUUCCCCAUGGGGCAGAAACAGAAAAGCACUUUCAGCAAAGACUCCUCCUACCUUCUCCAGCAGCUCAUUCACCGCUAUCAGGAGUCGGAGGCGGAAGGAGAAGACUACCAGGGCGAGCCCGAGGGAGAAGGGGAAUCCGAAGAGUCCUCCGAGUCCGAAAUGCUGAAUUUGGAGGAGGAAUUUGAUGGGGUUCUGAGAGAGGAGGUUGUGGCCAAGGCCCUCCAUGAAUUGGGGCGCUCAGGUCCGGGGACCGAGCAAGUCUACCUCAACCUGACUUUAUCAGGCUGUGAUUUAAUCGACGUUAGUAUUCUGUGUGGCUACGUUCACCUACAGAAGUUGGAUCUUUCAGCGAAUAAAAUUGGAGAUUUGUCUUGUGUGAGUUGCAUGCCUUAUCUUCUAGAACUUAAUGCUUCUCAAAAUAAACUGACUUCAUUCUUCAAUUUCAAGCCACCCAAAAAUCUCAAGAUGGUGGAUUUUUCCAGCAAUCAAAUCUCUGAAAUGUGUAAUUUGUCGGCAUACCAUGCUCUCACUAAACUGAUUUUGGAUAACAAUGAGAUAGAGGAAAUUAGAGGACUAGAUAUGUGCAGUAGCCUCACCCACCUUAGUUUGUCCAACAACAGGAUCACAACAAUUAGUGGCUUAAACUCAUUACCCAUCAAAAUACUUUGUCUGAGCAAUAACUGCAUUGAGACCAUCACGGGUUUAGAGAAUCUGAAAGUCCUGCAGAACCUAGAUCUGUCCCAUAAUCAGAUAUGCAGCCUCCAAGGCCUACAGAAUCAUGACCUCCUGGAAGUGAUCAACCUGGAGGAUAAUAAGAUUGCUGAGCUGAAUGAAAUAGAAUACAUUGAAUAUCUUCCUAUUCUCCGAAUUCUCAAUCUUCUAAGAAAUCCAAUUCAGGAAAACCCUGAAUACUGGUUAUUUGUAAUAUUUAUGCUACUGCGACUCACAGAAUUAGAUCAGAAGAAGAUUAAAGUAGAAGAAAAGGUUUCAGCAGUGAAUAAAUAUGACCCUCCCCCUGAAGUGGUCGCAGCCCAAGAUCACCUGACUCAUGUUGUCAACAGCGUCCUGCAGCCACAGAGGAUCUUUGACAGCACUCUUCCCAGUCUGGACGCUCCUUAUCCCAUGUUGAUACUUGCUGGUCCUCAAGCUUGUGGGAAACGAGAACUUGCUCACCGCCUCUGCAGACAGUUUAGUACUUACUUCAGAUAUGGGGCCUGCCACACAACAAGACCACCUUACUUUGGAGAAGGGGAUCGAGUUGAUUAUCAUUUUAUUUCUCAAGAAGUUUUUGAUGAAAUGCUGAACAUGGGGAAAUUCAUUCUAACAUUUAAUUAUGGUAAUCACAAUUAUGGAUUAAAUAGGGACACCAUAGAAGGUAUCGCAAGAGAUGGAUUAGCAAGCUGUAUUCAUAUGGAAAUAGAAGGUGUAAGAAGUUUGAAAUACUCCUAUUUUGAGCCUCGCUAUAUCUUGGUGGUGCCCAUGAACAAGGAAAAAUAUGAGGGACAUUUGCGGAGAAAAGGAUUAUUCAGUCGUGCAGAAAUUGAAUUUGCUGUCUCCAGAGUGGACCUUUAUAUUAAAAUUAAUCAGAAAUUUCCAGGGUAUUUUGAUGCAGUAAUCAAUGCAGAUGAUCUGGAAGUUGCCUACGAAAGGCUGAGUGAGCUCAUUAGAGAAUACCUGGGAUUGACUGAGGAACCUGCCACGAGCUUGGCUCCGACUGCAGCAGGAGCUCCCUCUAGCAGGAAGACUGUCUCUGGGGUACCAGCACACCUGGUUCCGUCCCCCAGGCGCUUGGCGAGACUGCAAGCAGAUGGCCAGAUACCAGAGCAUCUCUCCGGGGUGCAGAUUCAUGGAAAGGUCCCUGACAAUCAGAACCCAGUUCCCUCCCAGAAUCAAGAGCUGACUCAGGAGGGAGAAACCCAUAAGAAGGAGCUUUCUUCCAACAGCCUCCGCAAUUCAGAGCCUCCUCAGCAGCUCGACUCAUCAGCACCUGGGGCUCCUCAGCAGACCCAAGACAAAUCUCCAAACCCAGCGGAAGGGGGUGUUCAACAAUCAGAUCUUUCUCCAAAAAUAACAACCACUCAGCCAGAUGUCCCUAAAAAUGACACCGGGCCAUCUGAGACGAAAGCCGGUGAAGUGGGGCAGUCCCACACCACUGCUUCCCAAGCACCACCCCAACACUCCAGCCCUUCUCCACCCCAUGGCCCUCAGCCAGACCAGGAUGAGGAAUCUGGGGAGACCAGGGUGGCCCCCAGCAGCCCUCCACUGUCUGAACCACCUCAGGGACCUGGCCCAUCUUCUCUCAGUCCUCAGAAAAUCCAAGAAACUGAGUCAGACAAACCUCUGCCCCAAGGUUCCCACCAUGAUCUUCCAGAAGAGCCCUCCCACCCUGACUCAGUGCAGCCACCUCCCCUAAAGGGGGAAACCCCCAAAUCAGAAGUUGUCCGGGCCAGUACCCCCUACCCAGAACUGCCACCUCCCCAAGACUCAAUGACCAACACAAAACAGACCCAGGACCAGGAACACCCAGUGACUUUGCUCCCUAGGAGUCGUCUGGCUCCUACGAGGCUGCCCCAGCCUCAGACACUGGCUCCCCUGCAGAGCAGGAGGCCCACACCCAAGCUCCUGUCACCCAGCAGGGAAGAGGCUGCAGGGACAAGCUCAAAUCAAAACGUGACCCCCUCUCCCAGGCCUGUACUCACUCAGGAAGGGGACACUAGUAAGCUUCCUGCCAUCAGCCCUCCCAGUUCCAAACCGCCCCCAAAUCUGAGCCCCCAGGCAGCCCACAGUGCUCAGCAAGGCCAGGAAGAGAAAGCCAGCGAGGUGAAACUCCCUCCUAUCAGUCCCCCCUUCCAGGAGCAAGCCUCACAGCGCAUCCCCAGUGCCUCUCUGGAGGAGGAGGCUCCCACAGUUAGGCUCCCGCACAUUCCUUCUCCUGUCACGGAACCUCAGCUGCCUCGGAGCACAGGCCCUCGUCCCGAGGCAAAGCCUGCAAAGGAAAGGAGAGCUCCCAAAGCAGCCCCUUCCUCCAGCAGGAAGAUUCCAGAUGUGCAGGCCUCGCCCCACGGCCAAGAUUCCCUGCCGCAGAAGGGAGCUAGGAAAAAAAAACUCCCUAUCCAAGGAAAGACAGCACCUCUGAAAAAGGCACCUCCCAGAAGCCCCCAGAUAGACUCGCAGCUAGAAUCCCAGAGUAAGCCAGGACCCGCAGAGGUGCCCGACCAUCCUGACCCCAUCCCUCCCCCGAGCCCCCAGGGGAAGCAGAGAGAACCAGUCCACACUCCAGGAAUUUCUGAACCAUCACCCAGAGAUCCCAAAUCACAGGAAGAGAAAAGAGGGAAUAUGCGUCAUCCCAGAAAAAAGGCCCCGACCAACCUUCCCCCCCAUGACCUAGUUCAAGAUGUAGGUGUAUCCAAAAAGAGACCAUCUUUGAAAGCACCGAUUUCUGAAGGAUUAUCUCAAGAAAAUGAUACUGCCCUCAGUGGUGGCCAGCCAACUCAAGAAGUUGGGCCCCCACACAGCAGACUCCUUGGAAAUGAAAAGGUCCCUGCAGAGCCAAUCCAGGACCCAGAGAGAAGAGAGCAGGUUCAUAAAAAGGAAAGACCUCAGAAGAGAGAGAUUGUGUUGGAACCCCUAGAGCAUGAGGGCGUGGCCCUUGCCCAGCAGCCUGUCAGAGAGACCCUAGCCCAUAAAGGCACCCGUCAGAUCAAAGAGAGCCCCAUCCAAAGGGACGAUGCUCUUGCUUCCAAGCAGCAAACCAGAGAGAGACAAACCCGAAAAAACAUGGGUGCAACACAGGACAAAAGCCAUGCUGCUCCCCCAAAUCAGGUGUCCUCUGAGGAGAAGGCCAGCCGAACAGGAAGACUACGUGCCAGGGGCAGUCAGAGCACCAAGGUUUAAGUGCUUCCUCAAGCCACCAGAUCAUUAAACCUCAUCAAGCUGCACUGUCUCGGAAUGAAAAGCCAAGGCCAGGGCACUAUGAGUUACACACAGGCUUCCUUCUGCAACCACAGGUCAGCACAGGUGGAGGGGCCAUCCCAUGCUGACCUGCCCUGGGGGCCCAGAAGGUGGUCAAUCUUUGUAACUUCUGUGCCCCUUAUCUGGCUCACCAUUUUUUGGUGGGAAGAGCAGCCAUUGCAGAGGGAGAGAGCAGCAGGAAAGACAGCUGGGUCAGUUGCUGCCAGUGAUGGCCAAUCUGUGUCCAGACACGGAUUCCAGUGGAUUCCAACGUGGACUCCAACUUGGCCAAAGCAGUCAGUGCCUGAGAGCCAUUAAAUUUUGCUCUCUGAAUUAGGAAAAUUCACUUCUAGAAAAUUCUCUCAUACCUGUUGCAUUAUCGAGGGGACCCAAAGCAUAAAGAAUUCUGAAAAAGGAAAUCUUGUUGUUUCUGGAAAAUUCUACUUAGAGUUAAUUUGUGGGAAUCUUCUUUAGGGGAGAGGACACAUCUUUUCACACAUGUAGCUAUGAUCAGGCACCUCAGAUUUGCUUUGGCAUAUGUUGCUUGGAACUUUUAUUUGAAAUGUAUUUUAAAACGAAUACCUUCCUUCUCUCUCAGAAUAGGAAUCUCAUGUAAAUUAGCCCAUGCUAUCAUUAUGCCAAACCAUCUGGUAAAAUUAGUUAAAAGAAUUAGUGGGAAAGAAAAUCAGGUGAAUCCGUUUUUUCAUUUAUCUAUUUAUGUCUAUUCUCUUCCACUGCUGUAAAUGAUGUAAGUCCAACCAGGGCCAGCCUAAGUGAAUGUGUUCAGAAGGAAGUGGAGUUUAUCACACAACUAUGGGAAGGGCAGAGGUGCAAUAGGUUCUCAAAGAGAUAGGGGACCAGUUACUGAACAUCAUCAGGAUCUUUGUCAUCUCCAGGAUUCUUGUCAUCUUCUGGACUCUUAUUUGGGACUCACACCAUCUCAUAUCUGUCUCUUUCUCCAUGUUGGCUUCAUUCUCUGGACUACAAAUGACUGUGUGUCCAUUUCUGCACAUGGCAGGGAACAUGGCUAUCAACAGCCGUCAAGUUUAUAUCUCGUUUUAACUCUGGUAGUUCUUGCUACUAUAAAGGGAUUAACUUGAAUGUUUCCUCAAUUUUAAGAUUAAAAACAAUCCAUCUUCAAUCAGGCAUUUCGUUUUUGAACCAAUCUCUGUUACCUUUGACAUAAACCAUCCCUCUGUAUGGAAACUGAAUUCCCCAAGAAGAGAGAGUAAUUGUGAUCCAGGAAGCAAACCCAAGAUCUCACUGUUGAACACUUACAGGAUAUUUGUUAUGUAAUUACUGUAUGCAUAUGCAAUGUGCUAAGCAAUAUUUGGCAUUCUGUAUUUAAAAAAUGUAACUGAUGACCAAAUGCUGGUAUGUCUUAUACAAAAGAUAUGUGUCCAUAAAACAGUAUGAGUAGCAAAUGUUAUUUCAAGAGCAGUAGAGGAAAUUGAUAUUUUAAAAAAUCCAGGAUUUGGAAUCCUCUUGUAAGCUAAGAAUCCUCCUGUAAGUAUGUAAUGUUGGUAAUUUUCUUCUGACUUAUCUGGUUUGUUCAAGAUAGAAGUUAUAGGGUAACUUUAAAAACAUAUCAUAAUUUAUACUUAUUAAGUCAUUCAUCCAAUAAGCAUUUGUUGAGCAUUUCCUGUUGCCAGAUACUCUGAUAGUUGCUAGAUAUAGUGGGACGAUAAGGACCCUUCAAGGAGCGCUCUCUGUCAUCAAGGAAUACAGACAAGAGGGUUGAUUUCAACACUGGGUAAUUAGGGUAGCUAGGGGCCCUGUAGCAUGCUAAGCUGUAUUUGGCAUCCCACAGACAGAAAACCUGUUUAUUUACUUUUCCAGACUCUCCUAAGAACACCAAGGAAGGACAUUGAAUUCAGUCUGAGAUAGGAAAAUGGGAUCAGGAAACACUUCCAAGAGAAGAUCAUCCUUCUGCUGAGUAUUCAGGGUUGCAGAAUUAGCUAGUAGGCUGAUGCAUGUGCACGUACAGCAUGUGCCUUGCCUAGAGGCGUGAGCAGUUAGCAUCCUCUGUGUACCUGGAUGCCAGAAGAGCUUAGGUCUGUGUAGAGCCAAAAGGGCCUUUUGUGCUGUGCUGAGGAACCUGGAAACUCGAUCCUGUAACAAAAUAGGGGGCCGGUGGAUGGUCAAUUUUGUACCUUAGAGAUAUCUUUCUGGAGGUGAAAUGGAGGAUCAACUUAAGAAGGGUGAUGCAAGAGGCAGGAAGAAUGGCUGGCACGUGAUGGCGAAGGUUGGGACAACAGUGAGGGCCUGGUAAGGCAGUGGCGGCAGGAAUGGUCAGAUCCCGUCAGCAUUUAUCCUGGGUGUAGGGUCGGGUAGAUUAUGAAGAAAGAAGAAAAUAAAGGUUUUCCAUGAGUUGUGCAUGGGGCACUUUAGAGGUGCUCAUGCCUCACCUAGGCGAAGAACUUCAGAAAGGUACCUACUGUGCCCUCUGCCCCUGUUUCUGAGUUGUGUUAGUGUUCAAUGGGUAGCUAAAGCAUACUUUCCACCUGACUUGGGGGAAGCUCCAGCUUCCCUUCCCUGAAAUUCUUAAUGGUAAUAGAAGUUUUUGAUUGUUUUGCUUUGGUGUAGUGUAAGAGUUUUUAAUGUCUCAGAUUCAAUGCUGGAUUCUGAUUUUGUGGAUGACAAUUUGUGGUGGAAGCAAAGCAAUAGAAAAGAUUGUCAACUCAUCACAGGUUUUUACUGCUGUUACUGUCUUGAUGUAAGGAAAAGUUUAGAUUUUUAAAUGGAGACUAUAUAUAUUCAACAUUGUCAUUUUCCAGUCUACAUUUAGAAGCCAAGUUUAUAUUAUUUUCAUUUGAUAUGUUUCUCAGCAAAGUGAUUUUUGGUUGGGGAAAAAAACAUUGGAGACUUGAAGUCACAGUAAUUAGUAAUGUCUUUGGCUUCUUAAAGUCUGGUACCCAGCAUUCAAAUUAACAAAGGUAGUAGUUUCACUAGACUUGAGAAUCUUCUUCAGAUAUUUAAGAACUAAUCAAUUAUUUUCAAAACCUCAAAAGUUAAUUGGAGAAAGGCAUGAUUGAAGGGCUGGGGUCUUAGCUCAGUUGGUAGAGUACUUGCCUCAAAUGCACAAGGCCCUGGGUGGAAGGAAGGAAGGAAGGAAGGAAGGAAGGAAGGAAGGAAGGAAGGAAGGACGGAUGGACAUGAUUAAAAAUUCACAAAAGAGGAAGUAAAAAUGUCCAAUAAAUAUGUCAAAAAUAUUUAGUUUCAUUAUGAGUUAAAAAAUAUCAAGUUAGCAAAGAUGAAAAAACAGGUUAAUGCUUAUUUGGGGGAGAUCUUUGUGUCACAGCAAAAAAGUAAACUGACACACAUUUUCUGGGGGACAAAUUUCUAAUAUCUGUCAAAGACCUAACCUUUAGUCCAAUAAUUUAAAUCCAAGAGUUAUCAGGAGAAAAUCAUUUGUGUGCAUGGAUAUUCAUAUCAAUUUUUUAUAAUAGCUAGAAAUAAUUUACUCCUCUAAAGGGAUUUAAAAAAAUAAGUUAUGAUGCAGCCAUAUGCUAGAUUGCUAUGAUGUAAUUAUAAUCAUAUUGUAGAGUAUUUACUUAGAGGAUAUUCACUAUAUAUUAAAGACAAAAUUUAGGAAGGCAUAGCUAGCAUGGCUUCAGUUGUUAUAUCUGGAUUGUUUUCCCCUCUAAAGAUCUCCUUGUUGAGAAACAUCAAAUGGAAGUGAUAUGAACUUGGCUUCUAAAUGUAGAUUGGAUAAUGACAAUGUUAAAUAUUUAUAGUCUCCAUUUAAAAAUUAAAAAUUUUCUUUAUAUAUUAAGACAAUCAAUAACAGCAGUAAAAAAGUUAUGAAUAAUUUUUUCUCAUUUAUGUUUUUUAGUAUUUUCUAAAUUUUCUGCAAUUUAUGUUUAUUCAGAAAAGUAAAUAGAAUUAAAUUCUCUGUCACAAACACACAUUGAAGAGCUUGUCAUGUAAAAGCAACAGCCUUAUGGUCUAUUUCAAUUUGGCAUAAUGAAGAACUUUCUAAGAGUUAGAGGUGAUUUGCAGAGAAACAGACAGACUUCUCCAGAAGUUAGAUGCUCCUUUGUGGAAAUCUCACAAAAAGUCUCCAUCUGUUGAGUGAUUUGUUGGAGUAGAUGAAAUUUAAAUAUCCUUUAAUGAUCUAUGAUCCAUUUGUUAUGACUAGCUCUACUUCUUGGCCCUGAGGAAUCCAGCUGUCUGUUUUAUUAAAUAUCGUGCUUAGUACUAGAACAGAGCACACUUAGUAUUCACUAGAUCACUGGCUUUUCAACAUUUUUAACCAAGAUUCAUAACUUGAAAUACAUUUUACAUGGGAAGCAAAGCCUCAUAAAGCUCCAUUACUAUAGAGAUACAACUUGAUGUUUUCUGUGUGCUGAAUUUUAGCUUUCUAAAUGCAGCCUAUAGCCCGCUGCAUUGAUUUCACAAUUUGAUUUGCAACAUGCAGUUUAAAAGCCCUGCACUGAACCCUCUAGAGCUUUGCUUGGGUGCCAUCUUUGGAGGCUCAUUUACCGGGUCAUCUGCCUGUCUGGCUGCCAUCAGGUGAGGUUGAAUGUCAUCCCCUCAUUUAUGCUAAAUUCUCUGAAAUGAUCUUCGUAGUGGCAGAUAUGACCUUUGUCAAUGUUGGAGCUCAGGAGAAGAUAUAUCCAAAAUUUGUAUGCAUAAUUAUAAGUUCUUUAUGUAAAGCUUAAAAAAUACUUCUUGAUAAACACAGCACAUGAUCUCCAUCAAUAGUGUUUCCUCUACUAAGUUCUUAACUGACUUCUCUGAUUUUUGUUCUGUGACAACCCUGGAAAUAAUCUUGUUACCAUAAAAGAUCCUCACUAUUGAUAUAGUAACUAGCACAGUAUGUCCAUAAAUGAAUUCAAUUGCUUAGUUCAAUUUGAAAGAUGCAAUUCUAGAAAUCACUUUUCCGUGUUGAUCAGGCAUUCAGAGAAGAGUCUACCCUUUUAUUUAUGUUGAAGAUAGAUAAAUAAACAUUGGAAGACUAAACCUCUAAUCUUAAAGGUGAUUACAAAAGGGCAAUCCUGCAUAGCAAAAAAAUAAAGCUUUUUUUAUUAAAGAUUGUAACCUUAGAAAUACAUGACUGUGAAUGACUUCAAGAGUCGAAGUAAUCCUUGGAAAUUCCAGUUCCACUACAAUGUCACCCUGUGAACUUGGCAAGUUAGAAAGUUCUCAUGUAUUAAAUGGAGGCGAUACUAGGAUUGCUGUGAGGAUUAAAUGAGUUAAUAUACUGAAAAAUACCAUAACAAUGUCUUCCCCUUUUCCAAUUUUUCCUAUAUAGUACAGAUCUUAGAUAGCAAGUUUCCUCUCUUGAAAUUUGCCUACUCUAUGUUUUAUCUUCUUCAAAGUGUUGACUAGUUAUUUUGUGAUAAACUCAUUAAUUUUUUAAAAAUCCUAGAUAGUAGUACUAUGUUUUUAUUUUUUUGUUCAAUUGUUUUUUGUGGUAUGGGGGAUUGAACCCAGGGCCUUGUGCAUGCAAGGCAAGCACUCUACCAACUGAGCUAUAUCCCUAGCCCUGUAGUAUUAUGUUUUAAUUGAACCAUUCUGGAUGCCGUGCUCAAAUGUUGUCAUGUUAAUUCAGCUCUACAGAAGACAUUACAAAUUAUGAAACUUAGUAGAAAUAAAUGUUUUUGUAACUCAUUUUCUCUGUAUGUGAAUGUGUUUUCAUGAACUUUGCUUUUUCUUGGUAUAGAAAUAGCUUCUGAUUAUUCCUUUGACUGGACUGAAGACUAUAGCACUUUACAGUUAUAAUAGUUUAAUAAAUAUAUUCACUUUAUCAUAGAACCAUGAACAUUAUUACUAUUUCCAUGGACUUACAUGGUAGCUUUCUAUUGCAGUAGUUUAUUUUGCUAUGAAAAGUUAUCAUGGAUACUAUGUGAAAUUAUUUUUUUCUAAUUUCUAUCAUUCCUUUCUUAGAAGCACAAAUAGCAAAGCUUUUAAGAUAUAAUCUGUCCUGGAAGAAAGCUUCUUUUAUGUACCUUUGGUUUUGUAAUAGCAGUUCUUGAUGAA